CACGCAGUCUACCAUCACAGUAUAGUGCCCAGGUUUAGAGAGCACGCCGUUGACAAUGAGGACCUGUCUACUCAAUCAUCUGUGGGCAUGGCGUACCGUGUUUAUUUUAAUUUUUACACCGUUUUUGUUGCUACCACUGAUUCUAAUCGCUGGAACAAAGGAAUCCAAAUGUGGCUACGUGCUGAUCUUGAUGGGAAUCUACUGGAUCACCGAGUCCCUGCCUGUUGGAGUUACCGCCCUUAUCCCCGUGUUUCUCUUCCCCUUCUUUGAGAUCCUCUCGUCCAAUGAAAUCUCAGCUCAGUACAUGAAUGACUUGAACAUGCUGAACCUCGGGUGUCUGGUCAUGGCCGUGGCUAUAGAGGAGUGGGAGCUACACAAGAGGGUGGCGCUCAGGGUUCUGAUGUGUGUGGGGACGGAGCCGAGGUGGCUGAUGUUGGGGAUGAUGUUAGCCACAUGGUUCCUAUCGAUGUGGAUGUCUAACUUAGCCACCACAGCGAUGAUGAUACCUAUAGCUGAAGCCAUACUCUAUCAGCUGCGGAGUGCUAAGGAUGCCUAUAAAACCCCUGAAAAUGAAAAUGGUAUUUUUGGUGCGGAUACCGAGGAGACAGCUAUAGACCUAGCGGAUUUAAAUUCAGAAAUUCAUCACGAAAAUGGAGAAAACGUAAAUGACAAAGAAAAUGACAGGAAACAGAAAUCGUCAGAAAGACAAAACAUUAGGACCUCCAGUGACACGGACGACGGGUUGACGGGGUUCGCUAAGGGGAUCUCACUCGGUAUCUGCUACUCCGCCACGGCCGGGGGCACAGCCACACUGACAGGCACGGGGACAACUCUCAUCCUCAAGGCUCUCACAGAUGCCCACUACGCCAAGCUGGGACUUAAGAACCCCAUCAACUACGCCUCCUGGAUGGGCCUGGGCUUGCCUGUCGCCUUUAUUGUACUUAUGUUGUGUUGGUGCUGGCUGCAGGUGUUUUUCUUAUCGUGCAGGUUUGGCCAGGGUGUCAUUGUGUUCCUCUUUGGUGUGCUGGUGGUGCUGUGGAUAACACGUGACAUGGGGGGCGUGGCCGGAUGGGGAAGGAUGUUUCAACUACCAGUCCAAGAUGGCGCCGCAGCUAUAUUUAUAGCGGUCCUACUUUUCGCCUUCCCAUCCAGUCUACCAUGUAUCAAAUCUAAGCAAGAUCCUAAGCAGCCUAUCAAAACUACAGACAAUCAAACAGAUCCGAUCAAUGUUGAAGUCGGCAAUAUCGGAGCGCCAGAAAUUCGACCACUGCUCAGCUGGCGAGCUGCCCAAGAAAAAAUACCCUGGCAGUUAUUCUUUUUGCUGGGUGGAGGGUUUGCCUUGUCUAAAGGUAGUGAGAAAUCUGGUCUCUCUGCUUGGAUUGGUCAAGAACUUGAAGUGUUUAGCAGCUGGAACCAAUGGGGAAUAUUGUUCAUGAUCUGUUACAUCACAGCUGCUGCCACGGAAGUGACGUCAAACAUGGCCAUCGCUAAUCUAUUUUUACCCAUCGUGUCACAGUUGGCAAUCAACACUGGCGUCCACCCUCUGUACUACAUGCUGCCCACCACACUGGCCUGCACAUUCGCCUUCAUGCUGCCCGUAGCUACAGCACCCAACGCCCUUGUCUUCUCGUACGGCAGGCUUAGUAUGAGGGAUAUGGCACAGACUGGUCUAAUGUUGAACCUACUGGCCGUGCCGUGCUCCAUCGCAGUGACCUCCACAAUUGGUGACCUUUUGUUUGACUUCGCUAAUGUACCUGUAGAGUUUCUAAACUCCACUGCAAGAGAAGAAUAACAGACAGGUGUAGAAGCCAGGUGUGGCACACAGGUCUCGCAGAUGC